AUCUUCGUUGACAGUCGUCCCGCAUUGCACCUACGGGUCACAUCUCGCAAUGAAACGAAUACUAAUGUUUUCAAUAAUAUUUCUCACUGUGUUUUCUGCUGUGUCAUGUGAGAAGAAAAAGGCAUCAUCAAGACGAAAAUUCGAGAAUCAGGAGAAAUCGCUUUGGAAAAAGGAGUACGAAAACGAACUUACUGAGGCCAUGUUAACGGGGAGAAAACACGACAAUAAUACAAGAAAGCCGCAAGCGUCUGGAUUUACAGAUUCUGAUAAUGUAUUAGAAAAGUUAAUGGAAACUAUAAUGUCUAGUGAAAGAUAUUUGAAGAAAGUUGAAAGCAUCGACUUUAGAUUGAAUCGUCUAGAUAUAGAGGUCCAUGAGAAAACGAACUCCAUCCUGAAACAACUGAUAGACAUUAUGAAGUUGCUUCGAACUACUAGCGACACUGAAAAAUACGACAGUGCGAUGGAAACCUUCAAGAGCGACCUAAUCGCAAUACGGGCACAGUUGGAGAAACCUGGCUCUGCUCCUCAUACUUAUAAUGCUGACGGGCACCCUUUCCACUCCGGGUCGCCGCUGGACGCCAGACUGACCUCGCUGGAGAACAAUGUGAAGAACAUCAUGAGCGGCGUGGACUCGGUCGUCUCCAUCAUCUCGGAAGUCAAAUCUCGUCAGUUCACGAGGACAUAUCCAAAGAACGACCUAGUAUCGACGGGAGGGGUAUCAUUGGACGCCGCCGGUUUGAUAUCCGAAUUUCGAAAAACCAUGCACGAACAGAAGAUGAGAAAAUGCGAAUGCAAAACUGGGCGAGUGGACCGCUCGGAACGAUACCCGACGGACUGCCACGAGAUCCAGAUGCAGGGUUUCAACGUGUCCGGCAUAUACAAAAUCAAGCCCGAGGACAUGGAGCCCUUCUAUGUUCUGUGCGACCUCACCACCGCGGGCGGGGCCUGGACAGUUUUCCAAAAUCGCUUCGACGGCUCUCAAGAUUUCUACAAGGGCUGGGCCGACUACAAACACGGCUUUGGUAAUCUCGCGGGAGAGUUUUGGCUAGGAUUGGAGAAACUGAGCUACUUGACCAAUCAGAAACUAUACGAGUUAAGAGUAGAGUUGGAGACACAACAGGGCCAUGAAGGUUACUCCGCCUACUCCGUGUUCACAGUGGGACCAGAAUACGAAGGAUUCAGAAUCAGCACAUUGGGAACUUACUACGGCACUGCGGGAGACUCGUUGUCAUACCACGCGGGGCAGAAAUUCUCCACUUUAGACGUGGACAACGACGAGUGGAAGGACGGAGCGUGCUCGAUGGAACACGGGGGGGCUUGGUGGUACAAGGAAUGUGAUAAAAGUAAUCUGAAUGGCAAGUACUCCUUGACUAACGAAGACCAGCGGGGUCAGACUAUGUACUGGAUCUCAUUCAAGAGCCCUGACCUUCCACUUAGCAAGACCAAGAUGAUGAUAAGACCACUGCCUGCCAGCAAACCUAUCAACUACGAAGCCAAUAGGAUAAAUAUGAGUCAUUUUACGAGAUAUCGCCCGAGAGGAAAUGACAGACGAAAUGUGCACCUGGCUCUGGGGCCAUUUGAAUUUUUUAGAAAGUUCCAUCAAUCAAAGGCAGAAAAAAUUGAAAACCAACAGCCGUUCAAAGACCGGGGGUCGCCACCCUUACCGGUACCAGGAGCCGUCCCCAGAAUUCUUCACCAACUUCACAUGAGCUCGGAACCUAACGCACCCGCACAUCCGGACGAUGGCAUGUACUCCAAGUGGACCUACUGCAUCGGGGUAGUAUUGCUGUUGAUUUGGAUAGCUUGCUGGUUCUACGAACUCGGCUAAGAUUGUAUGCAAUCAGUAAGCCACGCCAUGCCAUGACUGUGAACGUAAUAAACAAUGCAUUUUUCUCUAAUAUUUAAAAAAAUCUACAAUACCUAUGAAGGAUUUCGCAACUGGGCAGUGCAGAAUUUGAAUAGUCGACGAAACAAUCAUUUUAUGUAUCCAAAUGACACAUAUUUAAAUUACAUUUAAAGUUUGCGCUGUUUAUAUAAAUUCAAUGAAGGCAAUGAGGACAUUUAACGGCACAAUCAUACAAAACACAAAUUAUAAAUAUAGGAUGUUUGCCUGAAUUCUGUUAUACUUGAAAUCAGAUAAUUUUAAUAAGUACUUGUGUCAUUUUAUUUUAGGGUUCUACAUUAGUGGUUAGUAACAAAACUUUUACACUGCGAAUCAGUAAACAGUUGUAAUCUGAAUAGAUAAUUGUGUUGUUGACUGCACAUUAUUUUUUUACAAAAUUAUAUGACGUCAUUUUAAGUAAAUAAUUCGAAUGCAGUGCAGUUUUAUCGCGUUAGUGUGGGAGAUUUGAUGAUUGUGAUAAAAUUAAAAGAGAGAAAACAAUAUGGACAUUUAAUUUAGUGGGAAGAUAAAAUAUAGAACCAGUUCUUUCUGAUUGAAAGUGUUUAUAUCAAUUUUACGAAAUCGAUUUGUGAAGCCUUUAGCGUGUAGUUUAAUUUUGUUAAGUUUUAUUAAUAUAGAAUUAAAGCCAACUUGUUGUGUGAUGUAUGUGAAAAAAACACGUAUAGGAAUAUUUUAACAUUGUGUUCAUUUUAGACACGCCCCGGUGAAGUAGUAUUAUACUGAAACUCAACAAUAUUUUUUUCUUCAAUCCUAUACAUGUGUUGAUAGUUCUUUAAAAAUGACAUAUUGACAUACUAAAGUUAUUUAUAUAAAUACUUUUAGGCCAAUCUAUCGUCAAAGUCUUCCUCUAACUUUUAAAAUAAAAAAUAAAAUAAAAAGAUUUACAUGCUGCAAGAUCUCUAAUAUUACUUUUCAACUAAAAUUGGUUAUAACAACAUUUUGAGAUACAGCAGUUUUCAUACACAAUGAAAAAAUUUCAUUUUCCUGGCGAUAACGAUUUCCUACUCUAAACAUUAUAUCCCUAAUCUGUGCUUGCUACUACGGAACCCUUCAUGGGCGAGUCCGACUCGUACUUAGCUAUUUAUUCAAAAACCUACGUUACUAUUUAAAGUGGCAACAAAAUUAUUUUCAAGUUUCUAUUAAACGACCAAACCACGGCACCGUUGGUAACGAGUUAGGUAUAUUUUAGAAAGCAUUUUGCUUUUUUAAAUAUUCUUAAAUGAUAUUAGGGUGGGACCCUAAGUACAUUUAAAUAUCCUGUUAGUUCCCUUAGGGAACUGAGAGGGGAACUAAUAGUUCUAAAGGGAAUUUAUAUCUUUACUGUGCUUUAUUUGAUAGAAUGUUACCUAUAUAUAGGCUAAUGAAGGCUAUCUAUAUGUAUAUAGAGUCACCAAAACGAAUUUUGUAUUUCGUGGACGCAUUUUGUAGGUACCUAGUGGUGUUAUUUCCAAAAGUGUACCUAUAUCAAUUGGUGCACACACAUUUGUAAGGAUUUCGCAGAAUUAUUAAUAAAAAUUAAUAAAUUAUUGAUAUAUAUUAUUUCCUAUCGAAGUUAGACAUGCGAAUAGAAGGAUGAUUCCACAUUCAUUAGACUCUGCCUAACCCAAUGGGAAAUAGACGAACAAUGGUUUUGGUCAGACGACGACAAAAUCAACGAAACUAAACUGAGUUGUUUGCUUGAUUUAUUAAACUUUAUUGAAGGUCCGGAUAGCCCAAAGCAGGGAUCCUUAGAAAUGAACGUUCACCAUAUUAAUAGUACGGGCAUUUUUUUUUAAUUUAUGAUUAUUAGACAUCGGAUCAUAUGCAUUUGCAUGUUUGCAUAUUUCGCCAUUUUUUUAACAUUAUUUAGAGAGAAUUUUCAUCAAUAUUGCAUAUUUCAAAUAUAAAUCCUAAUAAAAGGAGUGGUCACGUGAAAUGUUGCUGCUUAAGUUCCAAAAAAAAUAUUUGUCACUUUAGUUGGAAUUAGUAAGUACUCCGUAAGUACCUACGAUUUCCAUGUGUAGGUAUUUGUAACUCAUUUAAUUAAUCAAAAUAUUUUGAAGUUUGGUUUACUAUUUAUGACAAUAGUAUUAAAAUAUAAAAUAAGCUAAAGAUUAAGCAUAUUGUUUGUGCAUAUUUUUAAUGCAUAUAUUGGCACUUCUAUAGUGCAUAUAAUCUGAUGUGUAAUGAUGAUAAAUUACUACAUUUUAUUUUUAUAUUUACAAAUUUUGUUUUAUUUUAGAUAUCAUAAACUUGCUUGAACUAUAAUAAAGAGGUUUAUCAAAGUU